CUGCUGGGAAUCGGUCGCUAUCGCAGCUCUCUGCGGCAUUAUUCAUUAUUCUUAACUGAAUUGUAGUAGAAAUGCCAAUAAUCUAAACAUGGAUAUUCCCUCAAAGAAUCUUUCGGUUAUACUCAGAGAAUGAGAAAUCUAGUGAAUCAAGUGAAUCGAGUGAAUCAAGUGACCGUGAGUGAGAAGCCCCUAUGAGUGAUAGUGUCUGGGUUCGCAGGGCUCUUAUCUAAGAACUAAGAUCUAAUCGCUGCAAUCGGCCGAAAGAUAAUGCCUGAUAAAGUUUGAAAGCAAAACGGCAAAGAACUUAAAUAAAACAGAGACGAUUUUGUGCAAUAUUUGCUGGAGGAAUACACACGGGUAACCCAACUGCCCUGAUUAUUAUUAUAACACAAAUUGGUUCAUGCAAAUUCCAUUACGAAAUUUUACAUUAUCUGGAUGUGAUAUAAAGUUCAAAGUGCCACAGAGCAAGUGGAACUACAUGACAAUUACUAAGGGAACUACCAUCCACAACAGAAGCAAUCACAGCAACAGCAAAAGCAACAACAGCAACAAAAUGACAAACUGCCAAAGUUCAGUGUUCAUAGUCGUAGGCACCCUGCUCUCCAUUCUGGCAGCGGCACAAGCGGCCCCCGUCUCCACCACCACACAGGCCGAGAUCUACCUGUCCCAGUUCGGCUAUCUGCCCGCCUCAGCCCGCAAUCCGGCCAGCAGCGGGCUGCAUGACCAGCAGACCUGGGUGAGCGCCAUCGAGGAGUUCCAGAACUUUGCGGGUCUGAACAUCACCGGCGAGCUGGACGCCGAGACCAUGAAGCUGAUGUCCCUGCCCCGCUGCGGUGUGAGGGAUCGCGUAGGCGCCGGCGAAGGUCGGUCCAAGAGGUAUGCCCUCCAGGGCAGUCGGUGGCGCGUGAAGAACCUCACCUACAAGAUCUCCAAGUACCCAAAGCGGCUGAAGCGCGUGGAUGUGGACGCUGAGAUUGGACGCGCCUUUGCCGUGUGGUCCGAGGAUACCGAUCUGACCUUCACCAGGAAGACCUCAGGACCCGUGCACAUCGAGAUCAAGUUCGUGGAGAGCGAGCAUGGUGAUGGCGAUGCUUUCGAUGGCCAGGGUGGCACUCUUGCCCACGCCUUCUUCCCGGUCUUUGGCGGAGAUGCUCACUUUGAUGACGCUGAACUGUGGACAAUUGGCUCGCCCCGAGGCACUAAUCUCUUCCAGGUGGCCGCCCACGAAUUCGGUCACUCCCUGGGACUCUCCCACUCAGAUCAAAGCUCGGCGUUGAUGGCUCCCUUCUAUCGCGGCUUUGAGCCCGUCUUUAAAUUGGACGAAGACGACAAGGCGGCAAUCCAGUCGCUGUAUGGCAGGAAGACGAACCAGCUGAGGCCCACCAACUUCUACCCGCCCACCACACAGCGACCAUCUUUCUCGCCCCCGAAGGUGCCUCUGGAUGACUCUAUCUGCAAGGACUCCAAGGUGGAUACGCUCUUCAACUCGGCGCAGGGCGAAACGUACGCCUUCAAGGGCGACAAGUACUACAAGCUGACCACGGAUUCGGUGGAGGAAGGUUAUCCGCAGCUCAUCUCCAAGGGCUGGCCAGGAUUGCCCAGCAAUAUCGAUGCUGCGUUUACGUACAAGAACGGCAAGACGUACUUCUUCAAGGGAACCCAGUACUGGCGCUAUCAGGGUCGCCAGAUGGACGGUGUCUAUCCGAAGGAGAUCAGCGAGGGAUUCACCGGCAUUCCCGAUCACCUGGAUGCGGCUAUGGUUUGGGGGGGCAAUGGCAAGAUCUACUUCUUCAAGGGCAGCAAGUUCUGGCGCUUCGACCCGGCCAAGAGGCCGCCAGUUAAGGCCAGCUAUCCCAAGCCCAUCUCCAACUGGGAGGGUGUGCCCAACAACCUGGAUGCUGCGCUCAAGUAUACCAAUGGUUACACGUACUUCUUCAAGGGCGACAAGUACUAUCGCUUCCACGAUGCCCGAUUUUCGGUGGACACGGCCACGCCCCCCUUCCCCAGACCCACCGCCCACUGGUGGUUCGGCUGCAAGAACACGCCCUCGUCCACAGGUAAUAUCGUCGAGGGUUCGGACUCCGAGUUCGAACAGCACUCCCAAAUCCCGCACGCCGACGAUGGUAAUGGUGACUUUGACGCAGCCGUUGGCGAUCAUCAAUCCAAUGACGAACCCUUCGAGCCGGAAACGGCCGAACGAACCGGAAAUGGAGCCAUGUCGCUGAACCAACUGACGAGCAACUCCGCCGUUAGCACUGUGAUCACCACCAUCCUGAUGUGCCUCGUGUCCAAGUUCAUCGUUAGCUAAAAGAGCCACACAGAUCCUAGCGACCAUCCCCGUAGGCAGUGCAUUUUGUCAGCAGUAGGAACAAAAAACAAAAUAAAAACAACUCGAGUAAAGUUUCUAAAAUUUUACCGCAUGUUGGGCACCGAGAAAUAGCUUGAAAUUCAAAUGCGUAACGUCAUACAUAAUAUCGAAUACGAUGAGAGGAAAUCCAAAUUGAAACGGGAAAGAAAUCAAACAGAAUAUCAAUUGUAAAUUGAGCUAUCAGCAUGUGAAUCAGGUGCCUUAUCAAAUACUUUUUGUUGUUGUGUAAAUACAAAAAUCAGCCCUAACUAUAAUAAAAUAGUUUAUAACAUUCCGCAUUCUAGCGACAAAACGACAGCCAGUCGGCAUCAGGAGUCGUGUCAUAGCAGAAAUUCUUUAUGUAGUCAACUGUUUUUGGUAAUGACAAAUUGCGAUAUUAAAUUUAACGAGCCAUAUGCAAUGAAUCGAAGGAGGAGACCAAACAAGCUAAAAUCAAUUACUGAGCGAUUAAACCUACUGAGAGAACGUACUUUAGUUUAGGUCUAAUUGUUAAUGUGUGCACGAGUGCCGUGUGUACCGAUUCGGCAGGCACUGUAAAUGUUUUAGUUUUACAAAACGAUGCGUGACUCGACUUGACCAUAAACUAAUAUAAAAAUCAUCAUCGAGUACAUAUGAUUAUUAUAUAAGUGAUAUUUAAGCCAGUCCCUUAAGCGAUAUUUGUUCGGGUUUAAUAUUUAAAACCGAAAUAUUAUUUAACUUACGUAUUAUUAUGUGUAAUUUUAUUUUGUAUACCAUAUAUGUACGCUGAAACGAGAGAAACUGAACAAAACAAGAAACGAAAAUA